AUGCCCGAGAUACUGUCCGAUGAACUGACCCGCUGCCCGAGGCACGGACCUGCUGCCCGAGGACGGGUCCCGCGAUCACUGAGAGAGCUGCGCCCCCCUAUCCCGCACAGGAAGCCCCCCAACACGCAGAGCCACCUCUCUCCCUACCCCCAGAGCAUCCGGAUCAACGGUUCCCGCUGCGGGCGUAGGCCUGUGUCCGAGGAGCGGCGGAGGGCGGGACUGCUGCACCCUGCUGAAGAGGAAGACUACGACGAUGAUGCUGACGGUGGCGAGGAAGAGGAGACUCUGAGGGGCCCCGAGAGCCGUCUAGCGGGCAGCGAGCCCCUCCAGGUCCCCGGUUCGAGGCGGGGGGCAGCCAGGGGGCUGGUCUCGAGAGACUCGAGGGCUCAGACGGGGCGUCCCGGGUGCGAGGAGCCCACACAGACAGAGGCUUCGGCUGGGGUCACUGCCCGGAGGCGGAGUCCCGGGCCGCCCGGGGGGGCAGCUAUGGCUGACCCCAUCAUGGACCUGUUCGACGACCCCAGCCUGUUCAGCCUGGACCCGCUGCCCGAGGAGACGUUCGGCCAGGGCGGCGCCGACCCCAUCGAGGAGGCCCUGCAGCUGGCCCUGGACCAGAUCUCCCCUGGUCAGUACGUCAAUGUGGAGGAGUUCUUUGUGAAAUACAAGAACUACUCGUACCUGCACUGUGAGUGGGCCACCAUGGAGCAGCUGGAGAGGGACAAGCGGAUCCACCAGAAGCUCAAGAGGUUCAAGACCAAGAUGGCUCAGAUGCGGCACCUGUUCCAGGAGGACGAGGAGCCCUUCAACCCCGACUAUGUGGAGGUGGACAGGAUCCUGGACGAGUCCCACAGUGUGGACAAGGACAACGGAGAGCCGGUGGUGUACUACCUGGUGAAGUGGUGCUCUCUGCCCUAUGAAGACUCCACCUGGGAGCUGAAGGAGGAUGUGGAUGAGGGAAAGGUCCUGGAGUUCAAGAAGAUACAGAGCAGACAGUCCUGCCUCAAGAGAGUGCCUCGUCCACCAGCCAGCGCCUGGAAAAAGCUGGAUCUUUCCCGGGAAUACAAGAACGGGAAUACUCUCCGGGAAUACCAGCUGGAGGGAGUGAACUGGCUGCUCUUCAACUGGUACAACAGGUCAGUGUCCGCCUGCUGUACGAUCUCUCCUCCCUUCCUGUCUGGACACCUGAUCCCGGGGGCCUACAAGUUCGACGCCCUGAUCACCACGUUCGAGAUGGUGCUGUCCGACUGCCCCGAGCUGCGGGAGAUCGCCUGGCGCUGCGUGGUCAUCGACGAGGCCCACCGCCUCAAGAACCGCAACUGCAAGCUGCUGGACAGCCUCAAGAUGCUGGACCUGGAGCACAAGGUCCUGCUGACAGGCACGCCCCUGCAGAACACCGUGGAGGAGCUGUUCAGCCUGCUGCACUUCCUGGAGCCCACGCAGUUCCCCUCGGAGACCGAGUUCCUCAAGGACUUCGGGGACCUCAAGACCGAGGAGCAGGUACGGAGCCCGAGAGGGGCUGGGGUGUACCUGUACGAGCGCAUCGACGGGCGCGUGCGCGGGAACCUGCGGCAGGCCGCCAUCGACCGCUUCAGCCGCCCGGACUCGGACCGCUUCGUCUUCCUGCUGUGCACGCGGGCGGGGGGGCUGGGCAUCAACCUGACGGCCGCCGACACCUGCAUCAUCUUCGACUCGGACUGGAACCCCCAGAACGACCUGCAGGCCCAGGCGCGGUGCCACCGCAUCGGCCAGUCCAAGGCGGUGAAGGUGUACCGGCUCAUCACGCGCAACUCCUACGAGAGGGAGAUGUUCGACAAGGCCAGCCUGAAGCUGGGGCUGGACAAGGCCGUGCUGCAGAGCAUGAGCGGCAAGGAGAGCAACGUCAACGGGAUCCAGCAGUUCUCGAAGAAGGAGAUCGAGGACCUGCUGCGGAAGGGGGCGUACGCGGCCAUCAUGGACGAGGGGGACGAGGGGAACAAGUUCUGCGAGGAGGACAUCGACCAGAUCCUGCAGCGCCGAGCCACCACCAUCACCAUCGAGAGCGAGGGCAAGGGCUCCACCUUCUCCAAGGUCAGAUGCCGCUCCUGUCCAGUGCUUUCAGGCGUGUGUCUGUAUGAACCCCUCUCUCUCAGUGCAGUGUUAAUGUACUGGAGUGUCCAGUCAGUCAGUGUGUCUGUAUGAACCCCUCUCUCUCAGAAUACCCUGGUGAUAGACACGCCUCGUGUCAGGAAGCAGACUCGACAGUUCAGCUCUCUGCGGGAGGACGACAUCGUGGAGUUCUCCGACCUGGACAGCGAGGAAGAGGAGCGCCCGCGGUCUCGGCGUUCCGACCGGCACCACGGCUACGGGCGCACGGACUGCUUCCGGGUCGAGAAGCACCUGCUGGUCUACGGGUGGGGGCGCUGGCGGGACAUCCUGUCCCACGCGCGGUUCAAGCGCCGGCUGUCGGAGCGCGACGUGGAGACCAUCUGCCGCGUGAUCCUGGUGUACUGCCUGCUGCACUACCGCGGCGACGAGAACAUCAAGAGCUUCAUCUGGGAGCUCAUCACGCCCCCGGAGAACGGGCGGACACGCGCCCUGCACAACCACUCCGGUCAGUCCGCCCCUCUGUCUCUCCCUCCCUCUCCGGUCAGUCUCUCUCCCUCUCCCUCUCCGUACCAGUUCAACAAGGUACUGUUGAGGGUGCGGAUGCUGUACUACCUCAGACAGGAGGUGAUUGGGGACCAGGCUGACAGGGUCCUGAGAGGGGCAGACGCCAGUGCCGUCCGCCCGUGUGUGUGUUUCAGGGCAGAGUUUGAGAAGGAGGGUGAGGACCCCGAGUUCAAGCCUGGCCUGACCAAGGAGCCGGAGGAGGAGAGCGACUCCCUCAUGAUGGACGAGGAGAUCUGCGUGGUGGACGGGGAGGAAGGCCAGGUGACCCAGACGGGGGCGUCCUACUGGCCGACCGGCUCGUCGCUCACGGCCCGGCUGCGGCGCCUGAUCACGGCCUACCAGCGCAGCUACCGCCGCGAGCAGCUCAAGAUGGAGGCGGCGGAGAAGGGCGACCGGCGGCGGCGGCGCUGCGAGGCCGCGUACAAGCUGAAGGAGAUCGCCCGGCGCGAGCGGCAGCAGAGGUGGACGCGGAGGGAGGAGUGCGACUUCUACCGCGUGGUGUCGACGUUCGGCGUGGAGGUGGCCCCGGGCGGCGGGGGGCUGGACUGGCGGCGGUUCCGCUCGUUCGCCCGGCUGGACAAGAAGACGGACGAGAGCCUGACCCGCUACUUCAGCAACUUCACCGCCAUGUGCCGCCGGGUCUGCCACCUGCCCGGAGAGGGUGAGAAGGGGCGGGGCGAGGCGAGGAUGAUGAUGAUGAUGAUGAUGAAGGAGUGUCAGUCUGACGUGCUGGCUGAGUGA